UUUACCGGCAUAUACUUUAAAACUUUGGUGUGGCGCUUUUAUGUACACACGAGGCCCAGCCAUGGCUGAGAGCUUCUUUGCGAAUGGAACUGCGAUGCCGAGGAACACUACUGCCGGCACUGGCUCCUCCUUCCUCCAGGGCACUCCAAAGGUACGCUACAAAACUAAAACUCCACUACUCGAGCAAGCGUCUUCCAUGCCUGAAAACUUCGGAGGAUUUUACAACGAGUUCUUCGACGCUGGCGUCCGCUGCAAAUGCAAGGAUAGAAAACGAGUUAGAUCGAGAGGAACAAGAACAGACGGCACUGCUCGAGGCUCUCAAGCAGUGGAAGACUCAAGUUGCUUGGACGAAGUUUGAGACAAUGACGAAGAAGCUGGGUGUCUUACCGGAUAGAGUGUGUGUGAGCAGGCUUGUAGCACAGCUCUGCCACCAAGGGACGGCGGCCAGUGUGUCCAAGGCACAGCAGAUAAUGGUGGAGCUCCGGCAGAAGAGGAAAGUGUCCGAGCUCGUUGACUGUGAUGCAAUGGGAUUGUUAGUGAUGGCGUCGGCGAGAGUUGGGACUGCUCACUACUCGCUGGGAGUACUAAGGACGAUGCUGGAGCUGGGAUAUCACCCACCUGUAAAAGUUUGGAGCGCAUUGGUGUCGAAGCUCGGGAAAAACGUUGAUGACGCUCAGCUCGCUCUCAAAGUUUUUGACGAGGUUUGCCAGUGCGUUGCGGAGCAAGGAAUGAUCCAGCUGCACAGAAAGAUGGAAGUUGAUGGGAAGAUUGUCGACGAGAAGCUUACCAAGAGUGAUGAAGACAAAGCUCUGAUCGCUGUCGAUGAGACAAAGCUAACGAGACGUAGCGACGAAAAUACGUUUGGUACUGGUUCUGGCUACACUGAAAAGAAAGAAGCCGCUUCAACACUCCUCGUAGUGACUGCUGAAAGAGAAGAAAUCGACGACUUAGAACCAGAGCAAAGAGAAAAACUCACAAACAUACAACUCAAGGAGGAAAGGCAAGCACUUAAGAGGAUGAAACCUGACACGGGAGCUUUCAACGCAGCACUCAACGCCUGCGCAAACAUCGGCAACUUGGAGCGAGCAGAGCAACUCUGGGAACUCAUGCCAGCAUUCGGAGUAAAAGCAAACACGCUCACCUUCAACGUCAUGAUCAAGCUGUACGCUCGAGUCGAGAAGCUGGACAAGCUCGAACAAAUCCUCCACACAAUGGCCGACGCAGAUGUCGAUCCGGACGCCACCACCUUCAACUCUUUGGUGGCUGCCUUCGUCGGCCUCGGCGAGCUCAGCCUCGCCGAGUCGAUCGUCCAGAGCUUGCGAGGAGAAGGCGAGCACCAAACGAGAGUCCCGGCACUGCUGCCAAAGCUCCGAGAGCACAGCGCCAAGUUCCAGCCCGACGUGAGAACGUACACCACCCUGAUGAAAGGCUACGUCCAGCAUAACCGGGUGAGCGACGCCAUGCAGCUUCUAGUGGCGAUGCAGCAGGAGAAGACCUCGGCGGCGAUGCCAAACGAGGUGACUUUCACCACUGCCAUCCGAGCCUGCGCCAAGAUGGGACUGCUAGACGAGGCCCGGGUGAUCCUCCAGGAGAUGGCGACGCAGAAAGUAGCCGCCAACGUCGUCACUUACAACACACUCCUCCAGGGAGUGUGCGUCUUCCCAAUCACGGACAUGAAGCGAGCGCUCGAGAUCGUCGAGGACAUGAAGGAGGCCGGAGUGGAGCUCGACGUUGUCUCGUACAACACCCUGAUCAAUGGAUAUCUCGAGGCCGGAGACAACGAGCAAGCGCUGGCCGCCUUCACGAGGAUGAGAGAGGCCAAAGUUCCGGCCUCCAAGGUGACGUAUGGAACUCUGAUGAAGGCCUUUGCUCGGAGCGGCCGGACGGAGCUCGUCGUCAAGGUUUUCACGCAGAUGGCGCUGGACCCGAGAGUCCGAGUUGACGUCGUUGCUUGGAACACGCUGAUCGAUGCAUACGCGAGAGCUGGCCUGGAGCAGGACGCGACGAGAGCGCUGGAAGACAUGAAGAGCCGCGGCUUCUCUCCCACCAACGCGACUUACAACACGCUUGUCAAAACUUACGGGCGAUCCCGGAACUUCGGACUGCUGAUCCUUCUCUGGAAAGAGAUAAACGCUCGAUCAGUGGAGGAAGACAGUGCUGCGGUGAGAGACAAACCUUUGGUGGUGGGAGCUCUCAAGCCGGACGCGGCGCUGCUCGACAGCCUCAUCGACUCGUUCGUGCGAGGAGGAUACUUUCAGCUCGCGCUCCAGGUGGUGGACUGCAUGGAUCGGCAGGGAAUCCACUCGGGGCGAGCCAAGGCCAAGUACAAGCGAUUGUACGUGGAGCUUUACGCGAACCUCUACACCAGCAGGCACACAUCCGAGAGGAGGAAGUCCAAGACGGCCGAGAGAAGACGCGCUGUGGAGGCGUUUAAGUUCUGGGUGGGACUUCCAAACAGUCUCUACAAAUCGGAGUGGAGACCUUUCGAGUGAGAAAAAAAUCGUAACUUGACAAGCUUUACCUGGAAAUCUUUGACGAGGCAGCGAAGAAAAUUAGAAAUCGCGCAUGGAAAGCUUUGCAACUU